AUGUCGCAACGGCUCGUCCUGCGGCAAUUGACACGCCAGACGUGGCAGUCUGUCAAUAGGGCCUCGCUCGCUUCCGCAACGGCACGGCGGGGAUUUGCCUCCAAGCCGCCACCGCUGCCGACGGUGCCUACGUGCCCGGCGCCGACAUGCGAGUGCGCCGAGAUGCCCGUCAUGCCGGAGGGCUUCGACAUUGACCACAAGAGCCCCAUGAAUGGCGUCAUCUCUGGUUACUCGGAGCAGGUUCUUAUUUGCACGGGCAAGGAGGACUGGCCGUCCAAGAUUGAGGAGGACAACAGCGGCGACAAUUUAGCUGCGGAUUUGAAAGAGCUGUUUGGCAGGGGCGGCACAUAUUCCGAUGUCAGUUUUUUUUUCACUUAUAUGCACAAGCCUAGCUCAAAGAUUAUUCGUACUAACAUGAAUCAGCCAUUCCACAACAUUGCGCUCGUCAACAGCUCAUUACCCAGCUCCGUCCCGCCGCGCGCAGAGGUAGAAAACACGUCCGUCUAUCUGCUACCCAGUUUCAAGUACGUGCCGUUUCUGCCGCGCGUCUCCUUUGACCACGUGCAGGCCCUCGCCAAGGGCUAUCUGCUCCCGGAGAAGUUGCACUCAGCCCACGACGGCCUCUCGCCCGUGCACCGCGACAUUCUCACGCGCAACGACGCCUACCAGGGCCUGCUACCCGGCAUCCAAGACGUGACCGACACGCUGGUUCUCAUCUGCGGCCACGGCGGGCGCGAUGUGCGCUGCGGCCUGCUAGGCCCUCUACUGCGCGACGAGUUUGAGAGGCAGCUCGAGCGUAAGGGCGUCGAGGUCCUGCGGGGGCCGGUGCACGUCUCGAUGGACGCGGAAGCACCCCAAUUAGAAGGUGGCUCGUCUGGGGCGUCGAAGGAUGCAGCAAGAGUUGGCGUGAUCAGCCACAUUGGUGGGCACAAAUUUGCGGGCAACAUCAUCAUUUAUAUUCCUCCGGGGAAGACAAUGCCGGACGGAUCGCCGCAUCGCUUUGCAGGCCAUGGUCUAUGGUACGGACGAGUUGAGCCCAGGCACGUGGAAGGUCUGAUUGAAGAGACCAUUGUCAAGGGGAACAUCGUGGUGGACAUGUUCAGAGGCGGCAUCGACCCGAACAGGCGCAUCCUAAGGAUAUAG